AUGCCUUGGCGAAAACCCCCACGCGUCAAUUUCGAAGAGCAGGCCGAGUACCGGUGGCCGUUUUGGAAAGUCGACCUCGACGAAGACGACCUUUUUGGAGACCUCCACGAGCGCUUCAACACUGUUCCCAUGUUCAUCCAAGACCCCGACGCAUUUCACCACGACGUCAACGAGAUCGCACGACAGGCCCUUAACAAAGAGGACUUCUACGCACGCCUCCAGACGAGAAGAGAUCAGAGGUUGAACGAACUGAAGGAUAUGCAAGACAAGAUCGGCGUCUUUCACCUUUCGGGCUACACUCGACUCGCUGAGAACCAACGGUUCCAUCGUCUACGCCUCCAGCGCUAUGCCAGUCUAGACUGCCUUGUCGCAUUUUGCGCAUCGCUUCUGGCGCCCAAUGAAAAGGGCAUGAUGCCAUCUCUGGAUAUGUUCCUGCGAUCCGAAGAGCGCAACGCCCGAAGCUCGCUGCUCAAAGGUCUAGCUGCCAGCUUGAAGCCUUCGACCCCCGAUUCCCGCGAUUUAGAACAUGCCGAGUUGCCCCCAUCACCACCAGAAGGUGAUGGAGAGUGCCCACCUUCGACAACAUUUGGAAGAGACUCGACAAUGCUGCCACCCGAAUCAUGUGCGCCCGAGACGCCCGUAAGACGAAAGAGGAAACACUCUGUGGACCUUGACACCGACGACUCGCCGCAAGUGAAACGUCCACGCCCGCAAUCUAUCGACGACAUGGAACAUGAUGAGGCAGAUACAUCUGACGUUUCGGAAGAGACGAACCGUGAAGACGAUGUCUCCGAAUUCUCUGCUCAACGCAACGAGCAUGGCGCAGACAAUACUGUCAGCCAAAACACGGCCGUACCACCAACUACCGAUCCCCGGCCAUCUUUAUCUCCCGUUUAUCGAAAACCCGCCGUUGAACAAGCCUCCCUAAGACUCUCCCCAGAAUCUCCGUCGCGCUCUGACAAUAAGAGGGGGCAAUCGAGCGGCCAGAAUCCUGGUUGGACCCGACCAUCAACCAAACAUCAUACACCAAAACUAAACAUCGGAGGGAACACCGUGUCGCCUCAAAGAAGAAGUGACCGAAUAUCCGCCCGAUCCGCAACAAGAGAACUGAAAACAUGA